AUGUUUUCUUCAUAUCCAAAAAAUAACGAAGAGGCUAAUUAUUAUGCAUCAUUAAGUGUAGAAACUUAUAUUAAUUGGAUGAUUAUAUCAACGAGAGCUCAACAAAUAUGUAGAAGUUUCGUCUACUCAACUUGUGGAACAGCCGAUUUAAGAAAUGUUUCAUUUUUAUGGCUGUUAGUGAUGUAUCAUAAUGCUGGCGGAUUUCACCAACGGUUGCGAUUGUUCUUAACUAAUAAUACAAAAUUUUUUAUCAGUGGAGGAUUCAAAAAUUUCAUUCAUCAAGUAAAAGACAAAAUAAUCGAUGCUGGGGGAGUAAUUAGGUGUUCAACAACAGUCCAAUCUAUAAAAAUAGAUUAUUCGAAGAUUUGCGUUUCAACAAGUUCAAAAAAUUAUAGUUCCCGAGUUUAUUUUGCAUCAAGUGAAUAUGCAAAAAAUUACCCUGGUACAGCUGAUGGUGCUAUUGAAGCUGGAGAACGUGCGGCAUGUCUUGUCCUUCAUCAUGCUAGACCUCAAGCACUGGAUGCUGCUGAAAUGGCUGAAUUUUUGUAA